UGGCUUAUCAGCCAAGGGAGAUACAUUCCUUUGGGCUGCUCCCUUUUUAGUCACUUCUGGCUGGGUUCCACCUACAGUUCAGCCAGGCAGCCUCUGAAAGGAAAGUCACUUGCUCAGCUUCAGUUUCCUUCGCUGCUCACACAGGAAUCCAGCCUCCAAGCUCCUCUUCUUAACUGCUGGAAAUCUGGCUCUGCCUCCCAGGCUCUGCUCACAUCUCUCCCAGACUGACAGCCAUGGAUCCUGACCUGCAAACUGCACAAUCCCCUGCUGCCAAUUAGCAGGCACAAGCCAUUAAACAGAAGCUCACAGGGUCCUGACCAAGCACAGGGGGGAAUUGGCAGAAAGGUGCUCCGGCAUACAAGCUAUUGGCAGAAUUUGCCCAGGAGGGGACAAUGUUUAAUUGGCACAAGUCCUUCUCUAUUAUGCCAUCCUGGAGGAGAGGGAAAAAGACAGCUGAGACUGGGGGAGAGGUGGUCCUGACACAAAUAAAGAAAAUAUCUCAAGAAAACGAUCCUGACCUGAUAGAAUCAUGUUGCGCGAAUGGAAACACCUUUCCCAAAGCUCACAAAUCCUCUGAUUUGCCCAAUAAAGGAAACCAAUCUGAAUUGGCUUAUGACAAUAAGCUCUCUCGGCUGGCCGUAUCUGAUUCAAUUUCCCGUCUCAAACAGUUAUAUAAAUUUGAAUCCGACGAUUCUGGUGUUGAGAUGCCAAGUGGUGCCAAUUCACCAUCUACUCCUAAAGGGUCUGAAAAGAGCUUUGUGAUGCACAGUCGGGACUCUUCGUGUGAUUCUGGAGUGCUCAGUGCAUCUUCAUCUCCCACUGUUGGGCAUCUGGAAAUAAAGCCACAUGCCCUUGAGGAAGAGUCCCACACAUUUCUCAAUGGUAUUGAACACUCUGAAGAUUACAUAAGUAAUGUUAAACAAAAUGGAGAGGAUCCUGGAACUACCAUGGAAGAUUUCAUAGAGUGCCAAGAAGAGGAAGAAGAUUUGGAAUUACCCUCCAGCAGUAACCAAAACAAAUCUACAGAAGACGUCUCCAGUACUAAACUUUCAUCUGCAAUGGGAGAAGACAGCAAAUCUAUGAAUGAUUUUUACAAAGACACCUUUGAUGGGAUUGAUAAUAUAAAUAUGGACAAUCAACUGAAAAGAUACCACACAAGUGACAGUCUGGAUGAAUACAUGGAUGAGUGUUGCAGACUGAGCGAGGUUAAUCAGGGAGCAUCAAAAGCCCUUGGCUCGGGCCUUGGAUACUUGGAACACAUCUGUCAGCUCAUAGAAAAAAUUGGGCAGCUCCAGGAACACAAUCUCAAGCUCCAAAGGCAAGUCUUUGUCUUGCAAAAAGAGGACAGAAUGAAACAGAUGAAAGAGGAGUACGUUGUACAGCACUGUUGCUGUGGAGCAGCCAAUGUUUUCCUCAGUUCACACCAAGAGAUGAAGAAGCAAGUUCCCUUGAGGAGGAACCGUCCACACAGUAUGUUUGUACAAAGUGGAAACAACUCUGACCUCUUCAUGAUCCCAGAAACCGGUGUAAACUCAGAGAAGUUUGGCUACAAAGCAGCUAAUGCGCAGAUGAACGAAAGAAGUCCUUCAUUGCUCAGGUUCAGGAAAACAGUCAACAAAGUGAAAUUUGAUGAAAGAGACUUUCAGAAAUUGUGGGACAAGACAUACUGUGAUGCUUUGCCAGAGCAAGAAACUAGAAAGUUUGAGCACCCAUUCGGAAUUGUCAGAGAACUUUUGAAGAAGACAAAGAAUAGAAAUAAGUUGGGAAUGUCAGCAUCUCUGAAGAGUUCGUGCCCUCAGCUCUACAGGCCUGAUCUUGUACACAGCGACUUGAAAAGAAAAGAAAGGAACUCAAUGAUUGUCCUCGGACAGAGUACAAAGAGGGAAUCUAUGUGGUCUAGUAAUUUUCUCUUAAGCAGAAAAGAUGAUGAUAUCUGAAGGUGUUGAAGAGGAAGAUGAAGAAGAAAAGCAAGAGGAUGUGCUGAAAAGACAGAAACAGGAUGUUAAGGAAAGAGGGGAACAUGUGAUCAUGUAUGAAGCUGCUCUAUUAGAGGGAAAUGUAAAUAUUGUACAGUAUUACAUGGGCAGUGCAAGUGUACAAAGAUGUGCUGAUAUGGAA